AUGAUAUGUGUGCAAGCGGAGUCUCAAGAAAUUGAAAGCAGCAUUGUACGCUCAGUUUGUGCCAAGAGGAUACCAGAAUGCCCUGCGCGGGCAGUUGCAACAGUUGGCGAAGGACGUGCGGCGGAUGAACUUCGACAAGCACUUUGUGAAGUAUCGGACGAUCAUGGUGCAGAUCCAAGAAAUGAUCGAGUUGGAUCGACAAGAUGUGUUUAUUUUGGGUCCGAAGGACCAGACUCGGAAGAUGGUGCAGUUCACAAGGCGUAUGAAGAUGCCUACUCCCCACAGCAUGGAGGUCGAGAGGGACACAAGAAGCCUCCGAGAAUGCAUCGAAUUCACGUUGGUGUAUUGAACGACGAUAGCAGUCAAGACAUGAAGAUUUGUAAUGCGAUAAUCGGAAAGAAGCAGUGA